AUGGCAGACCAUCUGACACCAUGGCAUCACAUUAACCGCUUUUACCACACAACCCGCAAGCCCAUUCAACUUCUGGUGGCGUAUCACGCAGAUGCAGCGGCGGCGUCCAUCACUUUAACAACUCUGUUAAAGGCCUGCUUUGUCCCUUUCAACCUGCACCCCAUCAUGGAGUAUGAGGAGGCGAAGGGCGUGAUAGAGCGCACAUCUAUGGCGCAAGAUGCGGAGAUUUUGGGCGAUGACGAACCCGUAGAUGAGUUGUUUGUUCUCAUUGGCCUUGGCGCCCCCAUCUCACUGCGGUCCUUUUUUGAACUGAGGCGACACAUUGUAAUUGUGCUUGAUUCCUAUCGUCCCUUUCUUCUUGACAAUCUGCGCGCAAGCGACAAUAAUAGGCUGGUGCUCUGGGGACACGACCGCAUUCAUGAGGAGGUGGAGGAGUUUUUCCGGGAGCAGCGAAGGCGAGAAUUGCUGCAGGCGCGUCGGCGGCGUCGGAGGCGAAUGCGUCGAGCUCAGCGUCGCCUGCGUGCGUACGGCGAAGUCGCCGACGACGUGGAAGACGAAGAGGGGGAAGAGGGCGAACUUGGCAGCGGUAGCAGCGACGAUGACGAUGAUGACGACGCCGAAACCCAUGAUGAUAUGACUCCCUCGCAGAGCCAAGAGGGGAUCGACUGGAUGAAUGAGGAGGUGCCGGAGGGUCUUGAACAGCUCUACUACGCGGCGGAGUGUGGUGGCAAAAGUUGCGCGUUAGAGGUCUACGACUUGGCAAUUCUUUUGAACCGCGUCAAGGAGCCGGUGCUGUGGCAUGCGGCGGUCGGGGUCUGUGAUUUGUUUACACGCCGCCUAAUCGACUAUGGAACGUACCUGGUGGAAAUGCGACGGCUACACAAUGAGGUGACGCUGCGCAAAGGCAUCCGCCGAGGGCCACUAGAUGAUGUCACGGACGAGACGCUCAACAGACACCACAAGAUCGCGUCUAGCAACACAAUGCAACUCAUAAACUUCGAGGAUGAUCAGUUGUUUCUCCUGCGGCAUUAUUCCCUGUGGGGGGCCAUGUGGCACCACCCAGUAGUUGCGAGUCUGCUGAGCCUCCACCACGUAGAGGAUGGAACAGGUACACUGCGACAACUCUUGGCGCGAUGCGGUGUCUCGGCAAAAUUGGCCCAACAACCAUGGGGCGAGCUUCCCGACGACGCCAAGGUGGAGUCGCUUCGGCUUUUGCACAAUGAACUUAAACAAGCGUUGAGAACAAGGGGAAGCUUUAUCAAAAACCCGACGCGUAUUCGGUGUGUGGCACGCACGACAGGGUAUAGCGUGGAGGUCUCCACCUUUGAUGUUUGCACCCUUUUUACGGCGCUGCUUGCAAAAGUGCCGCCAACAAACAUGAACACUGAAGAAGCGAGCGAGGCAAUGAUGAAGGAAAAAUUACGCGAAUUCCGUCGAGAGCAGUUUUGGCGCGCCCAUGACAUUAUUGAUGCGGAUCCCAACUCCAGGUUAUUUGUAGAUGCAGUGCAAGAGGCGCGGAUGCUGCAAGAGUCAGUGGCAGCCGCCACCAGCGCGCUAAUGCAACCUGGCAUGAUUCAAAGUACCAAAGACAUCCAUUACGCCCAGCCCAGCGAUCCGACGAAUGCCUCUACUGCGUUAGAGACAUUUGGCUGUCCAUUUCGUCUCUCCGUGCUGGCAGAGCGUAUGCUGAUUGCAUUAACUGUUGAGAGAGGACUGGGAAAAUACACGCGCGAGGUAAGGCCAGUGCUGCUCUCUUGUCCCGUUCCCCGAUUAAUCGGCUCAGCCAUGCCACAGCAGCAGCCGCAACAGCAACAGCAACAAGUGAUUCAAACCGAGGAGAAGUUUAUUGUUCUCUUUGCGCACGAAGGUCCCACAAAGGAGGGUUUGUCGCCGGUUGUGCCCGUGGCGCGAUGGAACGAUUGUGUCACAAACACCGAGGACUUCCUCGUGCCUCCAUUGCGGGAUUUCAUUAGACGCGACACUGUGCUCAUAGAUGGGCGUGAGUCCACCGCACAUCUGGCAGAGAUGCUGCAUCUUCGCUCUCUCACAGGAACUCUUUGA